AUGGAAACAAGUAAUUUAGUACAACGAGGAAACAUCCUACAAGUCAAUUGCUAUAAAAGAAGCAGUUAUGAGGUUAGCCCCGAGUUUUUGAUUAGCGGGUGCACUACUUUCCAAGUGAAAGUAUUGGAAGUUAAAAUGCAAAGCAGCCACACUGCUAUGUGUCAUAUUCUUGUCAGGUUUUUUAAAAACUGCCCAAAAGACAACAACACCUACUCUAUAACUUUAUCCAGUAGCAAACUAAGCAUUGCAGAAAAAAGCUUUUUGUCUGACGACGGUACUUGGCAUUUAAUUAAGGAGAGUGAUCAAGUUUUAGCGUUCGACAUCUCGGUUGUCAUGGAUACAGUACACAUUAGCUCAUUCGAAGCGCUAUACGAUGAUACUGAAUUAGUCGAUUUUGAGCUCCGCGGUGAGGAUGGAUCAGUGAAAGUACAUAAAGCUGUUCUUGCAGCUUCUAGUCACGUAUUGAAGCGAAUGCUCAGCGGUAGCUGGCGAGAGACUAAAGAAGGUCAUGUCGAUGUCCCGGGCACAUCGGCACAGACGUUGCAGCAUUUUAAAGAUUACAUAUAUUUGCGCAAGCUGCCCAAUACUGGCUUGGAGCAGGUCCUCCUUCUGGCUUCGUAUUACAUGAUACCACAAUUAGAGCAGAAAUGUGUGAAUAAACUGGUGAAUAGCUUGACAGCGCAGACAACUUGCGACCUGCUAGAGUUCGCGAUGAAACACAAAGUGAACAGGCUUAUUCUGGCUAUUCUUGAAUGUGUUCAGAAUAGGUGUGUGGAGGUCAAGGAUAUGCGUUCAUUCUUUUCGACUUGUACAGAUAAUAAUUGUGAAGAAUUACCAUAA